AUGGACAUCUUCUUGACAUUGUGUCUGCUCUGGUACAACGUCGGCUACGGGUUUCAUCAGUUUGACGAUGCCGACUUUGGCGUGGUCAAGAUGUACCCAUCAAAGUCGGGCAACCCGCAGGACCGGGAACAGAACUGCACGUCUGACAUCAUGAUAAUCGACAAACUGCUCAAUGGCACCGGGUACAACAAGUUCAAAGUUCCAAGUAAGUUGACAAACGUUGUCUUACCUUUGCAUUUAUCGCAUAGUUAAAGUAUAAUAUUAAAUAAGAUACCAAUAAUGAUUAUUAUUUAUUAUAAAAGUUAUUUCUAAAUAUUUUUAAAAUAAGUCUUUCUUACCUUUAACGCCUCGAAGUCUUGAAAAGAAAAAUAGGUAUGAUAACAAGGUUUUCUUACCGUUGGCUUCUUUUACUUGUCUAGUAAAAAUAAUAUUAAACUGAAUUCUGAUUCCAGAACAAACGGGAGUUGAUGUGGCUGUGGAGUUUUGGCUACAAGCGAUUACCUCAAUCGACGAAAUUACCAAUGAUUUCGAAGUAAGUCGGAAACAAAAACAAAACUGUGCUAAAACACCUAAAAUAUCUUCCAAAAGUCUUCGGAAUAUCGUUUAUUUAUAAUUUUAAGCGCCACUUUACACCAAAACAUAUUAUUAACCCUAAUACUCGUUGAGUCUGAUCCUCAAGACAAAUUUUUUUACGGAAAAUGUUCAGAAAUUCCGUCAUUUGGGCAUCUAAAAAAUCGAUCGUCAAGACGUUUUUCUGUAAAAUCAGUCAUGCUUAAGUCAGGAAAAUUACUGUUUUAACAAAAAGUUGUUGCUUGUUUGGAUAACAAGACGAAAAUAAUUAAAAAUACUAAGUAUGGCAUCUAAAGGUAACUAUAAUUAACGAUAUUUUGAUGUUUGAUAGUGUUUAGUGUUAUAAUUUAUAUAAAAAGUGUCUUUAUUAUUGUUCUUUGCAGCUCGACAUGUACAUAAACGAGGUGUGGGUGGAUCCGGCAUUAAAUUUUGAGCAUCUAUCACCUUGCAAACAAAAUCUCUCGAUUUCACAUCAAGUUCUGGAGAAGUUGUGGACUCCGAAUUCCUGUUUCAUCAACUCCAAAGUGGCAGACAUUCAUAAUUCUCCCUUCAGGUAAUCCAAUUUGCUCCAUAACUUUAUUUGAUUCAGAAAUGUGUUUCUUAUGUUAUACCCGAACGGAACCGUGUGGGUCAACUACGUGAGUUAUAAAGAGUAAUGUAAUGUGCUUGUGAUGUAAAAUUGGUUCAGUAGUAGUAGAUAUUGCCAAAUGUUUGUAGUGUCAUUUAAUGUUAAAUUUUUUUAACGUUUUUGUGGCUUAAGGAUGUUUUUUAUUAUAAAUGAAGCCUUUAUUCUAAACUUGAUUUUAAAUUUAGGUAUAAAGUUGUAAUAAAUUAAUUUGUUACAGAGAGUAAGAGUGAAAGGACCAUGUAAUAUGGAGCUGAGUAACUUCCCAAUGGAUACACAAACGUGCCAUUUGGUAUACGAAAGGUAAAGUAAUAGAAAAAAGUUAAAUAAUUAGUGAAACAUUUGAUUUUAGGUAACAAAAAUUAAGAAAAUGAGUUUUAUUACUAUUUACUGCAAUAUAUAUUAUUUUAAUAAAAUUUUAAGGAUUAUACUAUUAUUUUAGUUUCAACUACAAUAACCAGGAAGUUAGGAUGAGAUGGAAUCCGAUGAACGGUAAUCCAGUCUACGCGAUCGGCUCCAUUUUACUGCCAGACUUUGAUCUAAUCCGAAUUGAAGCCGAACUUAAAGUUGAGGUAAGUCGACAAUUUUAAUGCUAUUAUAUUUUUUCAAAUUUUAAAUUUUAAAAACGUUUCAAAUUACUUUUAAAUUUAAUUAUUAAUACAUUUUAGCCUUACCCUGCGGGCAUGUGGGACGAAUUGCAUGUUCGGCUGUCAUUUGGUCGAAGAUCUGUAUGGUACUUCAUGCAAGCUUAUGUGCCAUCGUACCUGACUAUCUGUAUCUCUUGGGUAUCGUUUUCACUCGGCAGUAAGGCUAUACCAGCUAGGACAAUGUUGGGAGUAAAUGCUCUCUUGGCCAUGAUAUUUCAGUUUGGCAAUAUCAUGAGGAAUCUACCGAGGGUUUCGUACAUCAAGGCUAUUGGUAUGUUUGGUAGAUUUGGCAUAAUUUGUUCUUAGCUUGGUUAUUUGAUUGUUGUUUUUAGAGUAGUUUAUCUUUGUAUUAUUGCUUUAUGUUGUAGAAUAAAAUCAUUGGUUUAUUCAAAAAAUAGGAUUGGCUUUAGAUUAUCAUAAAAUUUUAAUUAGUAAUGUAAUUUUGUAGAUGUAUGGAUGUUAGGAGCAAUGACAUUUAUAUUCUUGUCCUUACUUGAACUCGCUGUUAUUGGGUACUUGGUCAGAGACGAAGGAGGGAUAAAGAAACGACCGGUAAUGUGCAAAAAACGGGUAAGGUUCUUUCUUUUAUUGAAUGGGUCAUAUUGUAAUGUAUUUUACAAUUAAGUGUUUUAGACAAUAAUUUUAAAAGUUUUUGCUUUUUAGUUUUAAACUUUGAAAAACGAUACUUAAAUGUACACUUAACUAAAAACUUAAUUUAAUUUCUAUACUUCAGUUAUCAGAAUCCCCGCCGAACUCGCCCCGCGGCAUUUGCGGCUACGAGAAGCGGUUCAUGUUUCCAGUUCAGAAAUGCGAACUGGCCUGGACCCAGCGGACGGUACUGUGGCUGCCGAAGCUUUCGUUCAAGCCGUGGACGCCAAACGAGAUAGACAAGUUUUGCAGUAUCGCUUUCCCUGCUUGUUUUGCCCUCUUCAACGUAAGUGCUUAAGAAGACGCGGUCCUCUACGCUGUGCUGCUUUCAGAUUGCCUACUACUCCUAUUAUUUGACCAGAGCUGGGAUUUCGAGGGACGUUUGA